AUGGGGGCUUGUAUGAGCCAGGAGAAUGCAGAAGAGGAGGAAAACAAGAAGCGCUCAAGAGCAAUAGAUGCCAAGUUAGAGGAGGACUCGAGAAGAUUACGAAAGGAAUGCAAGAUAUUGUUGUUAGGGUCUGGAGAGAGCGGCAAGUCAACAAUCGUGAAGCAAAUGAAAAUCAUCCAUCAAAAUGGCUAUACCAAAGACGAACUCGCCCUCUAUCGCCUCACAAUCUACAAGAACGUCUUGGAUUGCGCUAAAUCCCUGAUCACCGCUAUGCGAUCGUUCGAUAUCGAUCCAGUCGACCCAGAGAACAAUGAAAGAGCCGAUUACCUUCUUGAAUAUCAAGUUGACCCAGACCCUCACACACCCUUGGACCCGCAUGUUGGGGAAUGCAUAGUCAACCUUUGGAGGGACCCAUGUAUAGAGUCCGUCAUGGACCAUCAAAAUGAGUUCUACCUCAUGGACUCCGCCCCUUACUUUUUCGACGAAGUGCCUCGGAUAGCAUCGCCAAAUUACAUACCCAUUGAAGCGGAUGUUCUGAGAGCUCGAACAAAGACGACCGGUAUUUAUGAAACUCGGUUCACAAUGGGUCAGCUGUCUAUACACAUGUUUGACGUUGGUGGUCAACGGUCUGAACGAAAGAAGUGGAUUCAUUGCUUUGAGAAUGUCACCUCGAUCAUUUUCUGCGUCGCCCUCUCUGAGUAUGACCAAGUACUUCUUGAAGAGUCGAAUCAAAAUCGAAUGAUGGAAUCACUGGUACUUUUCGACUCUGUCGUCAAUUCAAGAUGGUUCAUGCGCACAUCAAUCAUUCUAUUCCUCAACAAGGUCGACUUGUUCAAAGGAAAGCUAGAGAGAAGUCCUCUUGGCAAAUAUUUCCCUGAUUACAGUGGAGGAAAUGAUGUCAAUCGCGCGGCGAAGUACCUUCUUUGGAGAUUCAACCAAGUGAACCGGGCACAUCUGAAUCUAUACCCUCAUCUCACCCAAGCGACUGACACCUCGAACAUCCGUCUCGUCUUUGCUGCCGUAAAAGAUACGAUACUCCACAAUGCUCUAGCGGAUUCAGGCAUACUGUGA